GGCAUUCCCCUGACUUCCCCAAUACACCACACGUGACUCCCCCGGCGGCGGCGAAAUCUAGGGCGGAUUGAAUCCUCAUUGCGGCGAGCCGGCGACCAGCAUGUCAAGCGGCAAUCGCAGCCAGGUCACCCCCGCGGGCACGGCUCCAAUAGCAAAGGGCGACAAAGUUGCAGCGUCGACCAGAGGAAAGAAAAAGGCUCAGGUCAACCGUGCCAAGGGGAGCAAAUGGGAGCAGUCCACCUCGUCGAAGAGGAAGGUUCCUGAUGACACUGACGAUGAAGAAUCGUCGGAUGCCUCUUUUGACAUUCAACCAGUCCAGCGAAAUGAUGAACGUGAACGCAUGUUACUGCUCGAAAAAACAAUUGAGGGAGCUAAGAAAGCUGCCAAGUUUACCAUCUAUCGCUAUGCGGACAAGGCCUACAAUAAAGUUGAGGAGUCGUUGGACUUCGUCUAUUUCGCAUAAAUCAGAGCCAAUUGCCAUUGCCACCACCAAAGAAGAAGUCAAAGCUGAACAAACGGCCGUCCGGGAAAAAUUGAAGUGCAUGAUAAUGUGGCAGAUUUAUUUUGGUCAUGUACUAAUGAAGUAGUGCAUGCUAGUUUGUUUGUUUUUUUACAGCAAACAAAUUUUAUUUCAACAGCAUAAAUGGGCUGUAAAAUGGCUGUUAUGCUGUAAGGUGUGGUCAUAGUUACAUUUGUAUUAGUUUGGAUAGACAAAUAAGCUUAUAGCUUGAAAUCAGUGGACUUAAAACUUUAACUGGAAGUUAUAUUGUUAAGCAUUGCUACUUUUUGAUCUUUA